GUACAUCAGAUAGGUAAAACUGCAGAUGAAUCAUCUUAUAUGAUUGGAAGAUUUAAUACAGACAAUAAUUCAGAUGUAAGUGUGCAAUUAUUUGGUCAAGAAAUAAUUAAUUUACGUAAGAAAGAUCAAAUGGAACAUAAAAAUAAUAAAACUGAUAACAAUAGACGUUCAAAUCCAUUUGAUAACAAAAAAGAAGAUGUUAAUAUUGAUUCCUUAAAAAAUAAAUUACAUUUAAGUUUGAAUAUGGAAAAUCAAGAUCACGAUCAAUGCAAUAAGGAUAAAUCGCCAUCAAGUGUUAAGGAUGUUAAAGAUAUUAUAUUAGCUAGUUCAAAAAGUAUUCUGGAGAAAGUACUGUCACCAACUAAAGAAAAAUAUUCAUCUAGGGAAAAGAGUAAAUCUCCACCAAGAAUAUCACAAGCACAGCAGCGUCCUAUAUUAAUGACUCGUCGACAAUUAACAGAUCCUUUUGGGUCUGAUGAAGAAGAGGAAAAUAUUCAAAUAAUUGAUGAAAAAUGGUCUCAAUCAAUUUCAAUUAACAAAUCAGAAACGCCAAUUCAUAAUCCAUUAGUCAGUCGACAUGACGAAUUAAGAAAACGCGCCAGGCAACUAUUAGAACAGGCUAGGAAUCAUACAAAAUCAACUGGCCUUAUUUCUACUGCUGCUUAUCCUAUUGAGAGUCAAAAUGAUGACGAAAGACAGCAACAAUUACGUGAAAGAGCAAGACGUUUAAUAGCAGAAGUAAAAAUGGGUGUUACUGUUACUUCAAAUCAAAUUAAUGAUGACAAUAGUGAGAGACGAUCGAUAGAUGAUCAGAAUAACAGUCCAAGACGUAGUAUUACACCAUCUACUCCAGGUGACAAAUUUAAUACAAAGUUGGGAAAAGAUAUGACAUCAUAUAUUCAAAAUGAAUUAGAAGCAUUAGAAAGAGAACAAACUCAAAUAGAUAUUCAAGCUGGUAAACUUGAGAAACAACUUCGAACUGCAAUGGAAAGUGAUAAUGAAGAUGAAACAGAAAGACUGAUGUCUCUUUGGUUCACGCUUGUUAAUAAAAAAAAUGCAUUGUUGAGAAGACAAAUGCAAUUGAAUAUAUUAGAAAAAGAAGACGAUCUGGAACGACGUUUUGAAUUAUUAAAUCGUGAAUUGAGAAGCAUAUUAGCGGUAGAAGAAUGGAGGAAAACUCCUGAACAAAAAAUGCGAGAAAAUUUACUUUUAGAAGAACUAGUUUCAAUAGUAAAUAAAAGAGAUGAAUUAGUUCAUCAUCUUGAUACACAAGAAAGAGCGUAAGUAUAAAAUGUUAAUUUACAUUAAAACUAAGUUAUUAUUUAUUAUUAUUAUUAUUAAUUAAAAAUUAAUAUUGAAGAUUAAGAAUAUAAGAAUAUCAUUUAUUUUUUUCUAAAAAAUUAAAAAUUUUUGUAUAUUUUUGUGAAUGUUAUAUUACAUUUUCAAUUAAUUAAUUAUUUUAUUGCAGUAUUGAAGAUGAUGACGAAAUAGAACGUAACUUAUCUAGAGCUGGCUUGGCUCAACGAAAUAAAAAUUGCAUGAUACAAUGA